CAAGAACUUCAGUCUCUUGGAAACUCACCCAGAUCCUCCCCGUUCUGACACCAUGGUCAACUCCUGUUGUGGCUCCGUGUGCUCUGACCAGGGCUGCGGCCAAGACCUCUGCCAGGAGACCUGCUGCAGCCCCAGCUGCUGUCAGACCACCUGCUGCAGGACCACGUGCUGUCGCCCCAGCUGCUGUGUGUCCAGCUGCUGCAGGCCCCAGUGCUGCCAGUCUGUGUGCUGCCAGCCCACCUGCUGCCGCCCCAGCUGCUGUCAGACCACCUGCUGCAGGACCACCUGCUGCCGCCCCAGCUGCUGUGUGUCCAGCUGCUGCAGACCCCGGUGCUGCCAGUCUGUGUGCUGCCAGCCCACCUGCUGCCGCCCCAGCUGCUGCAUCUCCAGCUGCUGCCGCCCCAGCUGCUGUGUGUCCAGCUGCUGCAGGCCCCAGUGCUGCCAGUCUGUGUGCUGCCAGCCCACCUGCUGCCGCCCCAGCUGCUGCAUCUCCAGUUGCUGCCGUCCCUCUUGCUGUGAAUCCAGCUGCUGCCGCCCCUGCUGCUGCCUGCGUCCAGUCUGUGGCCGAGUCUCCUGCCACACCACUUGCUAUCGCCCAACCUGUGUCAUCUCCACCUGCCCCCGCCCCUUGUGCUGCGCCUCCUCUUGCUGCUGAGCCCCCUGCCCUGGCUCACCUCCCCCUUCACCACUGGCCCACAGAUGCAGACCCUUCUUCUGUGCUGGCUAUUAGGACACAUGGAGUGGGGUUGAUGUCAUUCAAUAGGAUGGACCUCAUGUUUCCAAUGAGCCCAUCAGCACUUCACUGACUCUGUGAGGAUAUUCUGGUUCAUUUUAAGCUCCCUCCCUUGCUUUCUUUUUCUUCCAGUGGUAGCACCAAAUAGGAAUUAAUUUGUAAUUCACUAGCUAAGAAAUUAUUCCAGUCCUCUAAUUUCCUUAUUUUCUUUAUCACUUUGAGGUAUAGAUUCUCCUUCUCAGUGAGGUAGACAUUAUCUGCAGGACCAGUUUUGUCACUGAUGUUGCACCCUCAGACCCAGGGGCCCAGUUAUGUUCUGUGUUUCUCCUAGCAUGAAUUUCUUAUGCUUUGUUGCAUCUCUGCUUUCUAAUAAACUUUUCUGCACAUAAGAA